UGCCUCCUCCACCGCUUCUUCUCCUCGAUCCGCCAUAGCCAUGAUCUAUCUCUGCAUGCCCUUCUACUUAUAGCUAUCGUUAAGCCCAUCCGCACUUGUUUGACAAUACCUAUCCUUAGUGCAGCCAUCAACUGCCAUGGCUUACGUGCCCUUGGACGUGCCUCUCCCCCCCGUCUCCUCCACCCCCAUCUUCACCGGUCACCAAUGGGUGACUCUCAUGGCCCUGGCCGAUACGGUCAUCCCCUCCAUCCGCGGCCCUACCGCCUACAAGUCCGCCUCAACCAAGGUGAUCCCGCAUUCUGAGUUGAACAGGAAUAUCUCCACCUUGGCCAGGAGCGCGUCCGGCCCUGGCUCAGAUGCGACCACCAUCGCGAUCCAGUAUCUGGAGGAGGACGCCUCGUCCAACCCGCACUUCCGCGAAGCCCUUCAGCGUGUCUUCUCCGACUUCGUCCCCGAGGAGGGCAGAUAUGGCUUGAGCUCUGUCUUGACGGCUCUCAAUUCCCGAGCCGGCUCACUUCUUCUGACUGGAUCGGUCACUCUGAUUCAAGACCAACCUAUCUACAUGCGAGAGAGAAUAUUCCGCGGGUGGGAGACUUCACGCCUGAGGCCGAUGCGCGCGGUGUACCGGGCUCUCUCGGGCCUCUUCAAACGAACAUGGGUGACAAAUAGCCCCACGCUGUGUCCCGUCCUCGGUUUCCCACGGGUGCCCGUCCACGGCAAGCCAGCCGAUGGCUUCAAGUUCUCCUUCGUCCAACUCCCUCCCGCCGAGGAAACGGAGAUCAUCGAGACUGACGUCGUCAUCAUCGGCAGCGGCUGCGGCGGCAGUGUGGCCGCGAAGAAUCUCGCCGAAGCCGGCCACAAGGUCCUGGUGGUGGACAAGUCGUAUCACUACGCGUCAAACCAGUUCCCCAUGAAUGCCAACGAGGGGUUUAUCAACAUGUUCGAAGCAGGUGGCGCGGUGUCCACCGAUGACGGCUGCAUGGCCGUUCUGGCAGGGUCGACCUGGGGUGGCGGCGGUACCAUCAACUGGUCCGCGUCCCUGCAGCCCCAACGAUUCGUGCGGGAGGAAUGGGCCAACAGCGGCUUGCCCUUCUUUACGACGAUGGAAUUCCAACGGUCCCUGGACCGCGUCUCGGAGCGGAUGGGCGUGAGCAGCGAGCAUAUCAAGCACAACAAAGGGAAUCGCAUGCUGCUCGAAGGAUCUCGGCGGUUGGGAUACGCGGCGAAGGCCGUCCCGCAAAACACGGGGGGCAAUGAACACUACUGUGGCUAUUGUACAUUGGGCUGCCACUCGGCCGGCAAGAAAGGCCCCACGGAGACGUUUCUGGCCGAUGCGGCCACGGCGGGCGCGGUCUUCAUGGAGGGCUUCCGUGCCGACAGGGUUAUAUUCGCCGAGACAGAGGGCGGCAAAGCGGCGUCGGGCGUGGAGGGAACGUGGACGUCUCGAGACUCUUACCUGGGCGAGACCGGCCUGGGAGCGGUGAAGCGGAAGGUGAUCAUCAAGGCUCAGCAGGUCGUCGUGUCCUGCGGUACGCUGCAGAGCCCUCUGCUGCUUCUUCGCAGCGGGCUGCGGAAUCCCCACAUCGGCCGCCAUCUGCAUCUGCAUCCAGUGGCCAUUGCCGCCGCGGUGUUCGACCACAAGACCCGCCCCUGGGAAGGCGCCGCCUUGACAUCCGUCGUCAACGAGUUCGAGAACCUGGACGGCCACGGCCACGGGGCCAAGAUCGAGGCUCUGUCCAUGCUUCCGGCUGCCUUCCUGCCGCUGUUCCCGUGGCGCGAUGGCCUAGACUUCAAGCUGUGGGCGCACAAGCUGACGCGCAUGGCCGGUCUCAUCAUGUUGGCCCGGGACCGUGAUACCGGGCGAGUGUACCCCGAUCCGGUCGACGGACGAUGCCGCAUCGCCUACACGGUGUCCCCCUUCGACCGUAAGCACAUCGUUGAGGCUCUCGCCGCCAGCGCCAAGAUCAUGUUUGUGUCCGGCGCCCGGGAGAUUCAUACCACGUCGCGCGAGAUUCCUCCGUUUAUCCGGUCGUCGGCCUCGGACGCGGAGGAUGCGGAAGGGGUCAACAACGCGGGACUCCAGGCGUGGAUCGCGGAGCUGCGGCACAAGCGUCCAUUGAACCCAGAGCGGACGAUGUUCGCUAGCGCGCACCAGAUGGGGACGUGCCGCAUGGGCAAGUCGCCGAAGACGAGCGUGGUGGAUUCGGAUUGCGGGGUCUGGGGGACGCAGGGCCUGUACGUCGUGGACGCGUCGGUGUUCCCCAGCGCCAGCGGCGUCAACCCGAUGAUCACGAACAUGGCGAUCGCAGACUGGGCGAGUCGCAACAUUGCCCGAUCGAUGCGGCGGCAGGAGGAGCGGGCCCGUUUGUAAGGGUCUAUCUUUACGCUGUCUCAUAUCCUAAUUGUACAUUGAUACCAGUCGGUCGUGGC